AUGACAACUACUAACAAACAGGAGGGUAUUCAGCUUGAUGCUUUUAAAACUUCUAUGGUAGAAGAAUUCACAAAACUCGUUGCUGAUCUUCCACAGCCAAGAACAGUUGUUUAUCCAGAUUAUAUGCAUUAUUAUAUUACUUCUACCAUUGGCGCUUAUUUCAGUAAAAAUCCUGAUGUGAAAAUUGCAAGCCUAAACGCAAUCAAGCAAUCCGAUGCACACCGCUCUCUUAUUUAUAUAACUCCAGCUAAUGCCGAAUUUAUUAAAGAAAUUAUUCCAAAAUAUGAGCUCGUACCAAAUUACUUAAAGGCAGUAUUCAUUAUUCCUCGCUCAAAUGCUUUCGUUGAGCAAACUCUCCGUGAAAAUAAUUUUUCACCAGUUUAUGAGCCUCCCAAAGACCUCAAAACUGAUGUUUUAUUGCGCGAAUUUCAUGCUGAUUUCAUGGCUGUCGAUAAUUUUUACUUCCUUCUUCCAAUCAAAAAUUGUUUUGCACAUACUUUCAUCCAAAACGAGUCUUCUGACAUAUUUUCUGUUUCCCGUGCUCUUGCCAAGAUCCAAACCAUCUUUGGAAAGAUCCCACAAGUAGUUACAGUCGGAACUAAAGCAGAAAUGGUCAGAGACUUAACUUUUGGCAUUGAAAACCAAUGCAAUAUCUCAGCAUCGAAUAUACCUCAAAUCGAUACCUUGCUUAUUAUCGAUCGUUCCGUAGAUUUGAUAACUCCUUUGUUAUCUCAGAAUACUGUUGAAACCUUAUUAGAUAGCGUCUUUGGAAUUACUUACGGACGUGUUAACAUUGAUCCAAUCAUGAUGAUGAGCUCAAAUAACGCGGCUAUCAGAAAAACCCGUCAUUUAUCAAUUCCUGGCUUUUCAUUCGAAAUUGGCGAGGCUGUAAGUAAUACUAUGAGGCUUCAAGCAGAAGCAAGGAAUGUAAGAGGCGCAACCGACAUCAGAGACAAAGCAAUACAAUAUACGGAAUUUGGUCAUUUUUCUGAGAAUCUUAACAAAUUAAGGGACAAGGUCGACGAAGCCCUUCACAUGAUACAACAGAAAAGCCCUGCUGCUAGCAAAAUUUACAAUGCUGAAGGAAAUAUUCUUGACUACGGUGACUCAUUUCAACUUCUCGAGGAGCAUUUGAUAUCUAUGUUCGAUGACUGGCCAAGUUCGCUCAAAUUAAUAGCUAUAGAGUCAGCAGCUGGAAUUACUCAUUCAGAUAAGUUUGUACAACUCGUACAGCGCGAAGCGAUUGCAGAAUUCGGACUUUCAGCCAUGGAAUCAAUGAUGAACUUACAAAAACUUCGUCUUCUUUCAUCACAAAAAUAUUUCUAUGAUUGGUCGGAUCUUAAAAAGCAAUUAGGACUUAUCUGUAAAUACGAGGUGAGAAAGGAAGACAAUAGGAGAAUAUACAAAGAACAAGUUGCUGAAAGUUGCGAAGGAUAUGUCCCAAUUUCAAUCAGACUCGCUCAAAAAGCUGCCGAACUUACAAUACCUACAAUUAACGCUCUUGCUUCAGCGCCAAUGGCAAUGUCGGUCACUGGAUCGAAGCCACAACGCGUUGAAGGAGAAAAAAGACGCGUUUUGGUAUUUUUCAUCGGCGGUGUGUCUCCAUGCGAGGUAGGAAUGCUCAUAAACUUAGGAGAUCAAUCAGACGGAAAGGUUGAAUACAUCGUUGGAGCAACAGACCAAAUCAACGGAAAUGAUUUGAUCAAACAGAUCUGCCCAAUGCUUAACUAG